AUGGCUUUCGGCGAUAGCAUUAGGGUUGAGAAUGGAUAUCAGAAGAAUGCUUUCACCCAUUAUCCUGUGCUCAUUAUAGGCGCUGGUGAAUCUGGACUUGCCAUGGGCUGCCGCUUGAAGGAGAAGUUCGGAUUUGAUCAGUUCAGGAUCUUCGAUCGCCAGUCGGGCAUCGGAGGUGAGCCCUCUUGA